AACAGGAGUUUAUCUGACAGCUUUACCGAGUCCUGGAGGAAUCCAGAUUACGGGAAAAACUCCCAGUGACAUCACAUAUGAACAGCACAUCUCCAAUAUGCAGAAGAAAAUCAAUGACACCAUUACUAAAAACAAAGAACUGUAUGAAAUCAACCCUCCUGAGGUUGUCGAAGAGAUCAUUGGUUCGCCGAUCCCUGAGCCCCGUCAGAGGUCUCGUCUCUUUCGUUCUCACUCAGAGAGUUCAGAUGAGGUGUCAGAACUAGACUUAUCCCAUGGGAAGAAGGAUGCCUUUGUGUUGGAGAUUGAUGACACGGAUGCUGUGGAAGAUAUACUUGCACUUCUGACUGAUUUCUCCAUCCCAGCAGGAUUCUACAGCUGCAACACUGAAAUCAUGCCUGGGAUUCAGAACUGGACUUCAGCUAUACAGAUGUUUACCUCCGUGAGGGUCUUUCGCCUUAACGCCAACUUGACCAAUCAGGGACUGAAUAAGAUUUUCAGUGACCUCUGUGAGAACCUGCUUAAGAGUUUGUACUUCAAACUGCGGUCGAUGGUCCCAUGCUGUCUUUGUCACCUGAACUUCACAGUGGCCAUACCUGAAGAUGAGCUUAUUCAG